CGAUCAGUGAAAAAUCAUCACCCUCCGUUCUCUUUUACCUCACUCCCAAAUUCUAGGUUUCGCGAUUUUCAGCCAUGGCUUCUGCAGAUGUUGAGUACCGUUGCUUCGUUGGUGGGCUCGCCUGGGCCACUGACAGCGAAGGCUUGGAGAAAGCUUUCUCUACCUAUGGCGAAAUUGUUGAUUCGAAGGUUGUGAACGAUCGUGAGACUGGAAGAUCUAGGGGAUUCGGAUUCGUGACGUUCGCGUCGGAGCAGUCGAUGAAGGAUGCGAUCGAGGGGAUGAACGGCCAGGACAUUGACGGCCGUAAUGUUACCGUGAAUGAAGCCCAGGCUCGCGGCCGUGGAGGCGGCGGCGGUGGUGGUGGAUACGGCGGUGGUCGUCGUGAAGGUGGAUACGGUGGUGGUGGUGGUAGCCGUUAUAGCGGUGGUGGCGGUGGAGGCUAUGGUGGUAGCGGAGGAGGAGGAUACGGCGGUCGUCGUGAAGGUGGUGGUGGUGGUUAUGGUGGCAGUCGCGAAGGCGGCGGUGGAUCUCGCUACUCUAGCGGUGGAAGCUGGAGGGAUUAGAGUUUUAUGAUAUUUUUAGUUUCUAUAAUGUACUGGUUUUAAGUUUGGGUUUCUGUUAUGGUUUCGUUUUCAUGUGGUUCUCGUUUAAUACUCUAUGAAUCUGGUUGUGUAUGAACGCUCAAUUGAAUGGUUAAUCAGAAUUCAUUAGCAA